CGCUUCUUGCGGGAAGGUGGCGCAGACGCCCGCAGCUUUGCGCUAAAGCCGCUCGUCAGCGGGCCGCCCCUCCUGCUUCCGCUUGCAUUGUAGGGUGGUCGAGUGGAGACACAGGAGCAGAAAAUGGGAGUAGAGAUUGAAACCUUGACUCCGGGAGAUGGACGGACAUUUCCCAAGAAGGGGCAGCGCGUCGUGGUGCACUAUGUCGGCACCCUGGCAGAUGGGAAAGUGUUUGACUCUUCGAGGUCUCGGGGGAAACCGUUCAAAUUCAAGAUUGGACACCAGGAGGUUAUCCGUGGUUGGGAAGAGGGAGUAGCCCAGAUGAGCGUUGGUCAGCGGGCAAGGCUGAUUUGCUCACCGGACUAUGCUUAUGGCAGCAAAGGGCACCCAGGGAUCAUCCCAGGAAACGCCACGCUCAUCUUUGACGUGGAGCUGCUUGGUCUGGAGGCCUGAAACCUGUGCACUCUUUAUCAAAUUCCACUCAGAUUUUCAGGGUUGACUCCUAUCUCGGAAACAUGGAGGAAAAAUGUUACCAGAUGAUUCCUGCUCUUGAUUCCUGCAUAGGACCUAUGUCUAUAGCUUCACUAGUUCACCCUCCUUUCCACUUGGAUACAAAUUAUGUCUCACUUGCUUUAAAAGUGUGUCUUUCAUACUUAGUUUAUUCAUACCUUAAUAAGUCAUAGGCUAUCCCAUAUUUUGUCAUAUUUUGUUGUGUAUUUCUAUUGUUAUUUUUGUUUGUUUGUUUGACUUACAUUUUUAAACAGUGUCUGCCAUCAAGACCAGGUUUUAGUUAAAAGAAGUGUCAUAAGUACUGAGUCAGUCUCAUUCCUGUGGCUCUGUGGCCUUUUACAUGAAAAUUGUAUUGAUUGCGAGUAAUGAGUUAUCUAAUAAAAUAAGAUUAAAUUGGUGUUUGACACAAUAAUAUUUCUAUGAAUUAUUGUUGUGAUACUUGUUACUGGUGGAAAAGAUGGAAUACAUUAACCAGGGAUUCAUGAAUCAAGCACAUUAUUGCCAUGAACAGCCUACAGAUCUCUGUCUGCACUGCAGCAACAGCUCUUAAUUUGUAAUUGUAAUAUGACUAAAUGUUACUGGUUUUACUUGUUAAACCAUUUGGGGAAACCUUUUUUUUAAAGCCAAAAGAAUGUGGGGGGGUGUUUUCUCUGUGUAAAAAGAUAACCUGCUGGAUCAUUGUCCUUAUAACGGGGGGUGGUUAAGCUGGACCUGGAGCCACUGACCUGCUUGUUUUCCAGCGAUCCCUGCACUUCCAUCUUCUGGUUUAGGUGAUGAACAGAGGGUGGGGCUCAGGUAGUUGGAAAGCGAACAGAGUUGUGCCUCUUGGAUCCUGGGGCUCGGGCUCCCAUAACCUACAAGCAUUUGUAUUCCCAUGUUUGGGGUGUGUGGUCAUCUUUUUUUGAAGGAGUUGUGUGUAACAAGCUGUGGAUGUUGUAAAAGGUCUAUUCGUUACUCUGAACACAUUAAAAGAGUAAUUUCAA